UCUCCAGUCAGUUCGCCUCAGUGUACCUCCACUGACAUCCAGCGCGCGCGCCUCGCCACCUGAUCACUCUCGCAGUCGCAACGCUGCCUCUCUGUCGCCCGCUCGCCCGCUCGCUCUUUCUCCACCGAUCACAUCGGGAAAUCACAUCGGAUUUUUAUUCCUCCGAUUCACCGACCCUCCUCCAUCCCGCAUACGCCCUCUGUCUCCGUCUUUCCCCUGCACACUCAUGAUCUUAACCUGGCCGAACCGAAGGAUUUCAAUCCCUCGAGCAUGAGAAGGACUGCCAGCUCUUCCGCAAUCCAGCAUCAGAGCUUGGGCUACCAGCAUGAACACUGGAUACGUACGCUCAAACAGCAGAAGUUUUUCGCCAACAGAAUAAAACACGGGGGACUUCAAAUUCCAGCCGUAGGGGAGAAUCAGUUUUAGGUCUCCACAGAAUGGAGCGAGAAUGAACAGAGAAAGGCUGCAGGAAAAGCAUGAACUGGAGGGUCAUUGAGGUCACCUGCUUCCUGUUUAUAUGGGGCCAUAUAACAGUCCAGUCUUCCCGCCAGGAUCCGUCCGUUGCCGAGCACCAUGUCUCCAAGCAAUUUGAUUGGCUCAUCUCCGACCGAGGGCCCUUCCACCACUCGCGGAGCUAUCUCUCCUUUGUGGAAAGAUUCCGCCAAGGAUUUACAACCAGAUACAAGAUCUAUAGGGAGUUUGCACGUUGGAAGGUGAGGAACACCGCCAUCGAGCGGCGGGACCUGAUCCGGAACCCCGUCCCUCUGAUGCCGGAGUUCCAGCGCAGCGUGCGGCUGCUGGGGCGACGGCCGUCCACCCAGCAGUUCAUCGACACCAUCAUCAAGAAGUACGGGACGCACGUCCUCAUCUCCGCCACGCUGGGAGGUGAGGAGGCGCUGACCAUGUUCAUGGCGAAGAGCAAGCUGGACAGGAGGUCGAUGAACGCCACGCAGGGCGUGGAGGCGCUGCACCAGCUCGCCUCGUCCUACUUCAUCGACCGCGACGGGACCAUGAGGAAGCUGCACGAGAUCCAGAUCUCCACCAACGCCAUCAAGGUGACGGAGACUCGGACGGGUCCGCUGGGCUGCAGCACCUACGACAACCUGGACUCGGUCAGCUCCAUCCUGCUCCAGAGCCCCGAGAGCAAGCUGCACCUGCAAGGUCUGCAGGUGAUUUUCCCAGAAUACCUACAGGAGAAGUUUGUCCAAUCAGCUCUCAGCUACAUCAUGUGUAACGGCGAGGGGGAGUACGUGUGCCGGGACAGCCAGUGCAUCUGCCAAUGCGCCGACGAGUUCCCACAAUGCAACUGCCCCAUCACCGACAUCCAGAUCAUGGAGAACACGCUGCUGGGAAUGGCAGAAUCCUGGGCGGCCUCCUACAAGGACUUUGAGAACUCAGACGAGUUUAAGUCCUUCCUGAAGAGGCUGCCCUCCACCCACUUCCUCCCGGUGAGCAGCGUGCAGCUCCUGUGGGGCAGUGACUGGGACCUGCAGGCGCGGUACCGUCUGCUGCAGAGCUCCCUGGAGGUGCAGCGCUUCAAGAUGCAGCGCACCGCCCGCAAGCUGUUCGGCCUCAGCAUCCGCUGUCACCACAACCCCAACCACCAGAUGCCCAGAGAGAGGUCGGUGCUGCAGUGGCUGAACCGGGUGCAGUCCUUCCUGUACUGCAACGAGAACGGCUUCUGGGGCACCUUCCUGGAGAGCCAGCGGACGUGCGUGUGCCACACGGGGGUCAGCCUGUGCCAGCGGCCCAUCCCCUGCGUCAUCGGCGGCAACAACAGCUGCGCCAUGUGCAGCCUGGCCAACAUCUCGCUGUGCGGCUCCUGCAACAAGGGCUACAAGCUGUACCGGGGCCGCUGCGAGCCGCAGAACGUGGACUCAGAGCGCAGCGAGCAGUUCCUCAGCUUCGAGACCGACCUGGACUUCCAGGACCUGGAGCUCAAGUACCUCCUGCAGAAGAUGGACUCUCGCCUCUACGUGCACACCACCUUCAUCAGCAACGAGAUCCGCCUGGAGACCUUCUUCGACCCGCGCUGGAGGAAGAGGAUGUCGCUGACGCUGAAGAGCAACCGGAACCGCAUGGACUACCUGCACAUGGUCAUCGGGCUGUCCAUGAAGAUCUGUCAGAUGCGCAACAGCAGCGUGGACCCCAUGUUCUUCGUCUACGUCAACCCCUUCAGCGGGAGCCACUCGGAGGGCUGGAGCAUGCCCUUCGGGGAGCACGGCUACCCCCGCUGGGAGAAGGUCCGCCUGCAGAACUCGCAGUGCUUCAACUGGACCCUGCUCCUGGGCAACCGCUGGAAGACCUUCUUCGAGACGGUGCACAUCUACCUUCGCAGCCGAGCCAAGGUGCCCACCACCCUGCGGAACGACACGGGCCAGGGCCCGGUGGACCUGUCGGACCCCAGCAAGCGGCAGAUCUACAUCAAGAUCUCGGACGUGCAGGUGUUCGGCUACAGCCUCCGCUUCAACGCCGACCUGCUGCGGAGCGCCGUCCAGCAGGUCAACCAGUCCUACACCCAGGGGACCCAGUUCUACUCGUCCUCCUCGGUCAUGCUGCUCCUGUUGGACAUCCGAGAGCGGAUCAACCGCCUGGCCCCGCCCGUGGCCCCCGGGAAGCCCCAGCUGGACCUCUUCUCCUGCAUGCUGAAGCACCGGCUCAAGCUGAGCAACAGCGAGAUGAUCCGCGUCAACCACGCCCUGGACAUGUACAACACAGAGAUCCUCAAACAGGCGGACCACCUGACCACCAAGCUCUGCUGAGGCCUCUCACAAACACGCUAAACCACAAAUCAGUCAUGAACACAAAACACAUCUAAAAUUCUAUGAUACAAACAAAAAAGAAAACAUUUGGAGACAAGCAAAACUUUCCUUUUAUUUAUUUUUCUUUGUUUCGGACCCUUUUUUUGUUCUACUUUUUGAUGUAAUACUGAACAAUUUGUAAAUGUAAUUGUUAAAAAAAAAACAAAGGGGGAAAAGUAAUUGCGUUUUAGUUUGGAGAAGGAUGGAGAUGAACUUAAAAAACCAUUUAACAAGACUGUACCAUAUUUGUCAGAAGCAUGUCUGUCGUUUCCUAAAAGAACAUAAAGAAGGAAAAAAAUUAAACAACUGGAGACUAAGGCCUUGACUUUACUGAGGGACUUUAAUGAGGGAAAAAUGGGACAUCGAAACUGCCAUUCUUAUCUUUAAAAACAUUUUUAAACAAUCUUUAUUUUAACAAAAUGGCAAUUUGUCUAUUUGCAGAAUGGGUGAAAAAAAAUGUAUGUAUAGUUUAAAACAAGCAUUUUAUUAAGAAUAUACAGAUAAAUAAUGUCUCGGUCGGUAUUGCUUUAUCUACAUGGCUUGCAGGAAGUUUAUUUUAGCGCACUCUAAGUAGAGAGCGAUUAGCAUCGCGGUUGCACACGGUUCAACACAAAAGCGUCUUGCUCCUUUCACAAAGAACAGGACACAAAAGCAGGCCCAGCUGCGCAGCAUUGUUUGUUUUUUAAAAAUGCGGAAGACGUCGGCUUUUCCUUUGUAAUUUGCGCGGUGAUUAGCGGUGUUUGUUUCGCGGACAGACCGCGGGGGAGUGAGUGGGUUCACCACGAGCGGAUGGCAGCUGGCAAAAAUAAAAAAAUAAAAUGUCCGCCCGUGUUUUUAAUUUUUUUCCUGCCGAUGCCCGAGUGUGCUCCCGCGGUCUGAAGAUGAACAAUCGAUGCCGUUCCAUACAGGUUCGCAAAAUGUACACCCUGUGAGUACUGACGUGUCAAGCUUACCGGCAUGGAGAACAAAUUCGAGCAUCGAUCAUUCGUCUGCGCCCAGAUACAAUACGAGCCACGCGGCUUCCCAGAGGUGAACACAAAACACACGGGCCUACGCACAUUUCUCUCUCUGAAAAAUGUACCGUACACAAAACUGCUUUUUCUUUUCUUUUUUGUUGCUUUGCAACUUAUCUGUAAUGGAUGAGCCAGAGAAAGAAAGUGGAAGAAAAUGGCAUAUACUUACCUUAGGAUGAAGGUAUGAUACCAUAAAAGCCAUUGCAGUUCCAUUAUCAGGAGUGAACGUGGGUUAAACGUUGCACGCCUGUACCGAAGUACCGGACUUUUAGACUCAAAUCUCGCUCAUGUGGCAUGUGUGUGAAGCUUUAAGUGCUGUUUUGCUUGUGGCCGCUCUACACCGGUUCAAAAACGUUGCCUUAGUGUGUGAUUCGGCUGGAGUUCAGACGUGGAAGUUCUGCUGUGAGGCGCACUGUUUGCUCGUGAAUUUCGUCAUUUUUCAGUCAGUGGGGCUCAUCCUAUAUACGAAAUCCAGAAGUCCGGAAAGAUUCCAAUUCAACAUUAUUAUUAAAUACCCGUCACAACAUUUAUUAUUAUUAUUAUUAUUAUGAUUAUUAUUAUUAUUAUUAUUAUUAUUAAAGUGCCUGUUAAUUAUCCCUUUAACAUGCUGUUUCAAGUUUGAUUCAUUUGAAUGUUCUCAGAUGUACACACGAAUGUCACAGGAUGAAGCCAGAUCCCAGCUGCCAGCCCAUAUAUUUCUGAAAAGUUUUCCUGUUUCUAGAAUAAAGAAAGCUCCGGAAAGUCUC